AUGUCGGAUGAAAAUCAAGCUGUUAUUCUUUUGAAUUCUUUGCCUGAAUUGUAUCGAGAAGUUAAGGCAGUUAUUAAAUAUGGACGGGAUUCAUUGUCCAUGGAUAUAGUGUUGGAUGCAUUGAAAACGAGAAACCUCGAGAUUAAAAAGGAAUGCAAGAUUGGAGAGUUACUCAUGGCUAGAGACAGAAGGGUGUUAAAGAAACCCGAUAACCCGACCAACCCUGUUCCAGAACUCAAACGAAAUCUAAUUUCUUUGGGUGAAUUAGAUAGAGCAGGUUAUUCCUAUAAAUUUGGGAACAAAGUUCUGAAGGUUAUCAAGGGUUCUUUGGUUAAGCUGAAGGGGACCUUGAGGAAUGGUCUUUAUGUGUUGAAGGGUAUUGCAGUUUUAGGUAGUCCUGCUGUUGCAUCUGGGAAAGAAACAUAUAAAUCUAUAGUGAAGUUUGGGAAAGGAAAGCAUUCUACCAAAGGAAUUUUGGAUUAUGCUCAUUCAGAUUUGUGGGGCCCUACAAAGGUGGAGAACCAGACAGGUAGAAAGGUAAAGUAUUUGAGGAUAGACAACGGUUUAGAAUUUUUGAAUCACAAAUUUGAUAAAUUUUGCAAAUCUGAGGGAAUUAUGAGACAUUUCACUGUUAUGUACACUCCACAGCAGAAUGGUUUAGCUGAGAGGUGUCUGUCAUCCGCUUUAGGCCUAAAGGCUCCUCAAGAGAUAUGGACAAGAAAAGCUCCAAGCUUGGAUUAUCUCAGAGCGUUUAGAUGUUCAGCUUAUGCUCAUGUUAAGGAAGGGAAGCUGAAUAAGAGGAAUCAGCAGACAGUUGAUCAGGUUGAGGCAGAGGUUAGAAUUGAUUAUAAAGCACGACCAUCAGUUAGUUCAGGUGAUUCCAAUGAUCAGUCAUCCAGUUCUGAUGGUAGACAGCCUCAACUGCAGAGGAAAUUGAUUGAUGAGGGAGCUUUUGGUGAAGAAAGCUCAAGUAGCAGUGACCUAAAGAACUAUCAGCUUACACAUGACAGGCCUCAGCGAAUGAGGCAGGCUCCUACGAGAACAAUAGAAGGAUGCUAUGGAAGCAGAGUUGUUCUCAUUGCAGAACAAUCAGACAUGAUGGGCGUCACCACAGCUUUCUUUCAUGGUGAAUUGGAGGAAGUGAUCUACAUGGCUCAACGUAAGAGCUAUGAGGGUUUUCUCAGGAGCUCAUAUGAUGCCUGCGUGUACUAG